UUCACCUUCUCUUGUUUUCAACCACGCCUCUGUGCUCCAGCGUUCCUGCAGCCUCUUCAUCCCACCCCCAGCAAAAAGAAAAGUAUUAAUCAAACUCAAAGCUGAGAAUAAUUUGGAUUACUGAAAAGUAAAGUUUUGCGGCAGAUUUUUGAUUUUUUUUUUUUUUUUCCUAUUCGGAUCCAACACCUUUUUCUAUCUCUCAAGGCCUCAGAAUGUAUCUGGAGAACAAAAGCAACCUGGAGAUUGAAAUGUCUCAGACGUCGGCCGCGGGCCAUCAGGGCAGGAGCGGCCUGAGGUCGCCGGAGGCCGUGGCGGGGAACUUUGGGGAGCUGCGUCUGCUGCAGGGGAUCUCAGAGAGAGGAGACACCCAGAAGCUGCAGCCUGCAGGACAGUGCGUCAUCCAUGCUGAGGACCUGGUUCCGGUUCGACAAGAGAACGGUUUCAGGAACAAUUUCAACGCUGUCAACUUUCUCCGAGGAAAAGCCAAUUCAGCCAACCUUACAGAACGGUCGCCUCUGCUGCGAUUCUCCCAAGAUGACAGUAUUACGUACAUGACAGUACAUGAGUCCAGCUUCGUUGGAGCCGAGGAGCCGUGGGACAGCUGCUGCAUGGACACAGAGAGACGUUACCGCCUGGGCAGCGAGGUGGCCAGUCUGUCGCGCUCCAACUCCUCAGAAAAGUACGAGACGCUGGAAAAUCUCAACCGCAGCUUCAGACUCGCCAGCAGUAUAAAAUGCUGCCUCAGAGUGUCCAAGGUCGUGGCUAUGUUUGCGAUUGUUGUUCUCUCCAGCCUGUUCUUCAGUAUGUACCCGGAUCGGGACGACCCCUGGAGGAUGCUGGCAGUCUCUCCGACAGACAGCUUCUCCAUGAACGUGACAGACUUUCGGGACAACGCCUUGCUGAAGUUACAAGUGGCGGGGCCUUUUGCAGGAAGGGCUGCGGACUCCGCCUCCCAGGAGUUCAUCCUGAUCCAGGUGGAGCAGGCUGAGGAGCCGGGCCAGCGGAGGAGGAGGCCUCAGCAGGUGACUCAUAACUGGACCAUUCCCCUUCAUCCUGAACGGAGCGACCAGAAGGUGUCAACAAGAACCUUUGAGAUGCUCAGCAGUGACCCCAUCGUCAUCACGAUUCAGGCCUUCCUGCAGGAUAACGACGUCGUGCCUCUGUCCAUGACCCACCAAUCGCUCUACGUUACGAAGGAGACGCAGGUGGCUAUUGCGGGAGUCAUCCUGGCCGGGGUCUAUGUUCUCAUCAUCUUUGAGAUUGUGCAUCGCACUCUGGCUGCCAUGUUGGGAUCCUUAGCAGCUUUAGCCGCCCUGGCUAUCAUUGGUGAUAGACCCAGCCUGGUCACUGUGGUGGAGUGGAUCGACUACGAGACGCUGGCUCUGCUGUUUGGCAUGAUGGUGCUGGUGGCCAUUUUUUCAGAGACAGGCUUCUUUGAUUAUUGUGCGGUGAAGGCCUACCAGUUAUCCAGAGGGAGGGUUUGGCCUAUGAUCAUCAUCCUGUGUCUGAUUGCUGCCAUUCUGUCUGCUUUCCUGGAUAACGUGACCACCAUGAUGCUUUUCACUCCUGUCACCAUCAGGUUGUGUGAGGUGCUUAAUCUAGACCCCAGACAUGUCCUGAUUGCAGAAGUAAUCUUCACCAACAUCGGAGGGGCCGCCACAGCUGUCGGAGAUCCACCCAACGUGAUUAUCGUGUCCAACCAGAGCCUGCGCAGAGAAGGAAUUGACUUUGCCAGCUUCACAGGCUACAUGUUUCUUGGAAUAUGCCUCGUCCUCCUCACCUCAUUCCCUUUCCUCAGGAUGCUCUACUGGAACAAAAAACUGUACAACAAAGAGUCCAUUGAAAUAGUUGAGCUGAAGCAUGAGAUCCUGGUCUGGAGGCAAACGGCUCAGCGCAUUAACCCGGCCAGCCGGGAGGAGACAGCUGUGAAAUGCCUUCUGAUGCAAAAAGUGCUCAACCUGGAAAAUCUGCUGCGCAAGAUGAUGAAAACCUUCCAGAGACAAAUUUCUCAGGAGGAUAAAAACUGGGAGCAAAACAUUCAGGAGCUGCAGAAGAAGCACAGAAUAACAGACACGGUUCUGUUGGUGAAGUGUGCCUCCGUCCUUGGUGUGGUGAUCUUCAUGUUCUUUCUCAACUCCUUUGUUCCCAGCAUUCAUCUGGAGCUGGGUUGGAUCGCCAUCCUGGGGGCCCUCUGGCUCUUAGUUCUGGCCGACGUCCAGGACUUUGAGAUCAUCCUGCACCGGGUGGAGUGGGCCACUCUGCUGUUCUUCGCGGGCCUCUUCGUUUUAAUGGAGGCUUUAGCCCAGCUGCAGCUUAUCGACUAUAUUGGAGAGCAGACGGCGCUGCUGAUAAAAGCGGUGCCAGAGGACCAGCGCCUGGCUGUGGCCAUCAUCCUAGUGAUGUGGGUCUCCGCUCUGGCUUCUUCUCUCAUCGACAACAUUCCCUUCACUGCCACCAUGAUCCCAGUUCUCAUCAACCUGAGUCAGGAUGCGGACGUCAACCUCCCUGUGAAGCCUCUCAUCUUCGCCUUGGCGAUGGGGGCCUGCCUCGGUGGAAACGGCACGUUGAUCGGGGCGUCAGCCAACGUCGUGUGUGCAGGCAUCGCCGAGCAGCAUGGAUAUGGAUUUUCCUUUGUGGAGUUCUUCAAGCUGGGCUUCCCCAUGAUGGUGAUGACGUGCCUCGUCGCCAUGUGCUACCUGCUGGCCACACACAUCGGCCUGGGAUGGAACAUGUGAACCACGCCGGCCAAAGAGACGGAGUGUAUUGACACACCUGUGUGUAUGUGCGCAUAUGUGUGUGUGUGUGUGUGUGUGUGUGUGUGUGUGUGUGUGUGUGUGUGUGUGUGUGUGUGUGUGUGUGUAGCCACUCCUCUAGGAGUUGCAGCUCACUUUAAGUGUGAUGCGUAAGCUGACCGACCAAUCAGAUUACAAGCAGAACAUGAAGCACUGCAGCUAUGUUUUUUUUGUUUGUUUUGUUUUUUUUAAGCGUGGGAGACGUGUGGACCAUCAGGGACAGAUUUACACGAGUUUUGAACAAAAGCCGACUCUGAGAGAAGCGUUUCUUGGCUGCACUUCAUAUCUGUAUUCGUGGUGCUACGGCGUCAGAGGGAACAGCAGCUGCCUGUCUGCUGAAUCUCCUUUGGAAAUCUGUUUACAAAAGACGUCAAAUGAUUUCUUCAAUCACUUAUUGUAACCCAUUAAUGAAAGACACAGCUAGAAACUGCUGGUUGAUUGUUUUUACCAAUCGAAACAUCUGAAAAAAGGCCCAGUUAAAGGGAUUUUAUACCAGUUUGUGUUUCUAUUUCACUGUUACGAUCCCCAAAUUUUCAAAGCAAUGAUUCGUUUUUCUGAUUUCAACACAUUCUCUGAUUGUGUCUGGUUAUUUUAACUGUACUGAUUGGUCCCUGACUGGGUCAGUCACCCCGUCAAGCUCUGGUUGUUUUCUGUAUUUAUUGUACGGCUCAACAACACGAACGUCUUCUGUGUUCUCUGAAUAAACGUUUCAGAAGACGAAUAAUAAAUAAUUUCUGGAUUUUA